UCUUAUAAUUUUAUUAUAGUGUAAAAAAUAAAUAAAUGUAGUUUUAAUGCAAGGCUCUUGAUGAAUUGUUCUUGUAGCAAUAUUUUUUUAAGUUAUAUUUUACAGUUUGAAUUUUGUCGAUAUGUGAGAGUGAGAUGUUUUAACGUUUAUUCGCUUUGUCGAAUGACGAAUAUUCGGCCGCUGUUAAUUACAAUAUCUAUAAAUAAGGAUUAACAUGCUACGAGAUCUACAUUGACUUUUUAGUGUCAUAAUGCCGGUGCAGCAAAUAAAUGUGAAAAAUUCGUCGGAUAUCGAAAGCUGGGAAUGGGGCGGGGGAUGUGGCAGAGAGACUGUUCGCGCAGGGUCUGGUAGCAGCCAAACUUCCUGCAGCAAUUCCAGUGGAGAUAUUUGUCGAAUUUGUCAUUGCGAAAGUGAAGUUCAUAAUCCUUUACUUGCACCUUGUUAUUGUUCUGGAAGCUUAAAGUAUGUUCAUCAGAGUUGUCUCCAGCAGUGGCUCACGGCAUCUGAAACGAGAUCAUGUGAACUAUGCAAAUUCAAUUUUAUUAUGCAUACAAAAAUAAAACCAUUUAGUGAGUGGCGGCUGCUGGAGAUGUCUGGCGUGGAGCGGCGGCGGCUGUGCUGCGCGGUGCUGUUCCACUGCGUGGCGGCGCUGUGCGUCAUGUGGUCGCUGUUCGUGCUCAUCGAGCGCGCCGUGGAGGAGGUCAACCGCGGCCUCAUCGCGUGGCCGUUCUGGACGAAGCUUGUGGUGGUGGCGGUCGGCUUCACGGGCGGAGCGGUGUUCAUGUACAUACAAUGCCGCCAGUACUUACAUCUGUGCAACCGCUGGAGAGCUCACAACAGGAUCCUGCUGAUCCAGAACGCGCCGGAGAAGAUCCCGAUCGACGGGUCGCCGCCGCGCGCGCGCCGCUCGCGCGGUCGCGCCGCCGCCGCCGCCGGCGCUGAGCCGCCGCCGCCGCCGCCGCCGCCGCCGCCGCCGCCGCCCGCCGCCUACCACGAGGAGGACGAGAGCGGCGGCUUCGAGACGUACCGCGCCAACCCGCCGCCGCGCCUGUCCGCGCUGGCGCGCCGCGCGUCCGACACGCGCCUGCCGCCCGCGCCGCCCGUGUACCACAUCGACGUGGACCCGCUCGAGGCCGACAUCCGCUCGCUGCUGGCGCUGGACGCGGCGCGCUCGCUGCCCAACCUGCGCGCCUCGCGCGAGACGCUGCUGCGCCCCCCCGCGCCCGCGCGCCCCGCCGCCCCCGCGCCGCCGCGCUCCUGAGGCCGCGCCGCGCUCACGCUGUUCCCGGACGACGCCGUGUACUAGUGUGUGCGGAGUGCGCGCGCGUGUGUGUGUGCCGCCGGACGCGGAUAGUGCGAGGUGCGAGGUGCGAGGUGGUCGGGGCGGAACUUGCGACGACGCGCGGGACUCGUCGUUGUUAUAUUUUUACUUUUCCUUCAAACAGAAUAUUGCAUGUCGCUUCGCGCCGAACACAUCUUGGAUCGUAUCGAGACCUCGAGACUCGCUUUGCAGAACUAUUUAGUCUUUACUGCCAUGUACUGUUAAAUAUAUAUAUGUAAUAUUCUCAUUAUUAUUUGAAGAUCACUGUCGUAUAUGUUAUUUUGUAUCUACCUGUUUCAAUAUUAACACAUGUAACAGCGGUUUCUGCCGUUUGUGAGUAGAUACUACUACUCUGCCGAUAAGAUUAUCUUGAUCAUCAUCUAUCACACAGAUUGCAUUUUUAUAUAAGAUUAUGGAAAAGAGAAAAAUAUAAAUUUCAGUAUUACUACAUGAUGUGAAAGUAUUUUGAUAAAAUUUUAAUUUAAUAUUUAUUUUGUGUGAAUUUUUACACAAGCAACAUUCGAUUUAUAUUUUUUUUUCUAUAUUACUAAAAACGAGUUACAGAUACCGCUUAUCACUAAACAGUGUCUACAAGUUAUUAACGAAAACAAAAUAAUUACCAUUUUAUUAUAAAUAAAUAAUAUAAUUGUCAAUAAUAUAAGGACAUUUCCUUAUAUGAUUAUUUUUAAUCAAUACAUAAGGUCUUUAAAUAUAGACGCGGUGAUGUUGUAAUAUUACAGACAGAGGGGAAGUCGGCGAGGAUAUUUAUUUUAUAUUGAAUGAAACACAAAUCAAAUUUAUUUUGAAUCGUAGAUAUAAAUUAAUAUUGCUUAUAUGAAUGUCUUGCAUUUCAAGAUAUGUUUAGUCAUAAGUUAUUGGAAUAAUUGCCAUAAUGAAUAUAAUCACGAACAAUCGAAUUUGUAAAUAGUACUUAGUAUUGGUGUACAUAGUAACGUAAUACGUAAUACGUAAUACGUACAUACGAUGUGUUAGGUUAUGUAAUGUGGGGUCGCUGAACCCCUGAAUGAUCUCUGAAAACGUCUGACUCCCUCAAGAAAGCGAAUUGCAUGGAUUAGAGAAUGUAACAAUGUUUGUUUUAUGUGAGACUUAUUUUGACAAGCUAAGACUUCAUGUUCGCUCUAAAUACUAAUUUAAACCUAUGUAAUGAAUCUAUGAAUGAAAAACAAUUUAUGAUUAAUCAUUCAAUGUAAUUGUUUCAUUUUCGUUUUAAUCUAAUUUCUAAUCUGUUAUCUGUGUAAGCAAAGUCCGUCCUUGUCAUGAAACCCUUUUAAUUAUAAUUUGUGAUUGUUUUCUAUGUAGAAGCUCAUCAAAAUGUUGAUUAUAUUGAUAUAUAUUUUUUUGUAUUUAUAAAUUUUUGUUAACACACAGUUUAAUCAGGGCCUGGCUUUGUUUCGUGUGAAAUUUGAGUAUGAUGGUAAAAUGAUUUAUUGUCGCAAGUGAUACCAUCUUCUACAUAUAUUUUUAUUAUUUUCUUUGUAUUGUAUAUCAAUUAAUUAUCUUUAAGUAAAGGGUUCCCAUCAGGCUGAGGGUAUGUAAGUGCCGCAUCAUAAAGCACAUACUCAUUGUUUAUUAAUUUUCAUUUAAAAUAUUUAAGUGAGAUUUUAAUUUAAUUUCAAUUUAAAACAUGUACUAAAAACCUUAUAUAUAAAAACGGAUGAUAGGCUUCGGUACUGUUUAAUUGAUCACAUAUUUUUAAUGAAGGUUUUUAUUCUGGUAACUUUGUUGUAACUCGCCUGUAGGUGGCGCUGCAUCGAACCAACUUCUAUACUAUUCAACUGACCGCCAUCACUGGCGGUACAUGCCCGGUACACGGGCACUAGGCAUAUAGGCAUGACGACGUCUGUCGAAUUUUGCUAGUAUGUUAUAUUUGUUAGUAUCGUUUCAGUCAGGUAUUUAGGUAAUUAGUUCUGGAGCAAAUCGAUUUUAUGCCUAUUUAAUAACUCUUAAUGUGAAAAGUAAUAAACCUAUGCCUCGUAUAUAUAUUAUAUUAUUAAUAUUUUUUCAACUCGAACAUUCGUAAGGCUCUGUCAACGCAAUGGUUAUUCAAUUUUAUUUAAUAAUGCCUACGUGGAUGACAAUAUGCAAUUUUAUGUAAUUUUAUUCGUAUAUACGAUAUAGUACAAUCUCCAGUUGUAUCGUAAAAUAUCGAAGGGUUAAGGGUCUUAAUAAGUCGCGGGAAGCCGUUGGAUGCGGGCAGCGCAAGAUCGGCCAACGUGGAAAUCCUUGGGGGAGGCCUUUGUCCAGCAGUGGACGUCUUUCGGCUGAUAUGAUGAAGGGUCUUAACGGCUCGUCCAAUCAGACGUCAUGUUAUAAUAUGCGAGGUCCAUAGCACUGCAACUAUAUAAUUUGGCCCAUUGUACUCAGCGACGCAAUCACUCGUAUCAUAUACUUAAAUAAUAGUUGAUAACGCUGUGCGAAAAGAUGUCGCGUGCAGAGGGCGGUGAGCUUAACAUAGGGCGCAAGUUAAUAGAUGCGAUUAAAAUUAACUAAAUAUUAUUUAUGUUUCGUUUUAGCUUAUGAUCUUACACAAAUAUUACUUUAUCACGUAAUAGAUAAUUUAUAUUCUGUCAUAUUUUCAAAUUUAUUCCUUCGAUCAUAACUUCAAAUUUGUCUUGCUUUCUUAUGAAUCUUUAUUUUUUUGUCUCUAUCUAUUAAAAGCAAUAUUUUGAUUCGGAUUUUCAAAUUAUAUUUGCAGAUUGCAAAUUUGAACAAAACAAGUGAGCGUUAACGAAAUCGAUGAUGAUUGGCGUCAAUUGAGGUGUUGGGCGUUAGAUAUAAUUGCGUUGGAAUAAUUUGUUUUGAAACAAGUCUCUCUCAUUAGUCGUUAGUUUUCACAUAUCGUCAAUUGUCGCCCGCCUCGCCCGCCUCGCCCGCCUCGUCCGCCUCGCCCGCCUCGUCCGCCUCGCCCGCCUCGCGACUACUUAACUUCUCAACGAUCUCUCUCCUACGUAUUGAAUCUCUUAUUCUGUCUCGCCUAGCUCUCUUUCGUUACUUGUGUUCGUUUUAGCGUCCAACGUAUGUACUUAUAGAGGCACAUAACUAAAAAAUGUAAUUAGAUGAACAGAAUCAUUCUAAAUGUAUAUAUGUAUAUACGUUCUUAUUUUAUAUUAUACAGGCUGUACGAAAAACUUUGUGUUAGUACCCUUUUGUAAUAUGUAAGGUUAAAUAUUUCCCUAACUAUAUUUAACUCAAGCGCCGUUCGUGACACGGCAAAUACAGUUGCCUCCCAUACUUAACUUCCUCGUCGUACAGUUGUAGAUCCCGAGGUUCUGGGUUUAAAACCGGGAUCGAGCUAAUAAGAAGUGAAGGGCGUUUUGUCCAAAAACAUAAGUUAAACAAUAAGUUGGCAAUGUUUACACUCCCGUGUCCCGCGCGUGAUGUCAGACCGGUUGUGUCUGAUUGCUGUUCCAUCGGAAUAUGAAGGAAUAGAGAUUGCAUAUGUAUUCGUGCAACACGUGGUCACUGUGAUAUCUCGUGCGCGUGGAAUCAUUAGGGAGGACAACAUCACCCUCUCGUACUCGAAGCAACUUUACUCUCGUAACCGUAGAAAAUUAAUCUGUGAUCCGCUUUUGCAACUCGAGGCUCGGUGGAGGAAACGCAGUGCUUACAAAAGACAUGUUGAUUAGAGUGGGGGGGGGGGAAUAGACAAAAGGCAAUACGUCUUGUCGCGAAGGGUAUGAAUGAAGGAAAUGUAUAUAAAUCGUUGACAGAUUACCUCCGGUUAUUGUGUUGUAUAAAUUAUUCUAAUAACACCGGAGUCUGAAUAUACUUUUUUUUAAAAGGGUACAAUAUUUUUCGGACGGCCUUUAUAAUACCAAUUACCUACUUUGCACCAUAAUGUCGAAACUAAUUAUAUAGUUAUGUACAAAAUAUACUUUUGCGAAGUUUAUAAAUUAAGUUCAUUGUGUAAGUCGCAGACUCACUUCAUCGAUAGCUUAUUGAAGCGUGAUAUACAAAAUUAUUUACAUAUAUAGGAACUUAAUAUACUUUAUUCGAGUUAUUUUUUUAAACGAAGUCACGGCGUACAAACUAUUGUAUUACUUACACAUAAUAUUAUCUCAAAUCGAUGUAAAUUUAUAUUUUAAAGUAUACGCUAACAGAUGAAAUUAAUUACUCGCGUGUAGUGUCAUUUGAAAUAAUUAAGCUUUGUUAAGUAGAAUAUCCUCAACGGUUAAAGGUUAUGAGUUUUCUUUAUUAAUACGCGUGCACGGUUAGCCAGCGUCAUAUACCAUAGUAAUCAAUAACUCUAAAGUGUAAAAUUAAUUUUGUCGAUGAUUAUACAUAUAUUAGUUAUAUGGUAUGUUUAUUUAAUAGAAAAAUAUAUAUAAUUUGAUCGGGAUAUUAUAAUAUUAAUUCGCAUAGAGUUCCUGCUAGUCGGUCUGUGAAGCCACAAGUCUUCAGAUACAUUACCGCCAUUUGUAACGAGUUCGCGAGCCGUCGGCCGUGACGUCACACGGGCUCGCCGCACGCAGGACAGUCGCGCGCGGUCCGCUGUAAACUAAUCUUAAACUAUCGUGACAAUAUUAUACAAACUAUCUCUUAUCAAAUCGUUCCGUUGGGAGGCGAAGUGCCUCUUGUCCAAACCCAACGAUCAAAGUUGCCAUUACGUUUAGAUAGUCACUAUGAAAAGAUAAUAAUAUCGUGUCUGUAGGUAGAUAGAAAUUUUAAAUACAUUCGACUUUUGGUGCUAAGCGAUCGGAGACUUUCUUUUCUAUGUAAACAUACUGAGAGUUGUAAAAACGACAUUCUAUAUGAGUUUGUGUAAAUGUAGCGUGAGAAGUGUUUAUUUGUAAAACUAUUUUAAUUUUAAUAUUGUAUUGUAUAUUUUGUUUUAAAUAAUUCAACUCGAACAUCACUCGAAGUAUUGUCACAUCACAUGUAUGACGUUGUUUUGUUCACUAGUCGAAUAGACGCCAUGUUGUAAUGUUACGAGAUUUUGCGAAUAUCGUUUGGAAGGUGACAACGAGGACAUUCGGAACUUUGUGCUGUUUUUCAAUUGGAACGUUAUUCGCAGAAAUAUGGACAUGUUUAUAACAACCCUGCUGCACUGCGGUGCCAUGUACCCUACACGUGUUGGUGAUGUUGCUCCUAUGAUUUUGCUAAGAUAGCAGACGAGCCAACCCCCUCACAGAACCCCCCCCUCCCCGAGUACAUAAUGCUGUGCUAUGAAUAAAUUCCAAAGCAUUUUGUUUAUUGAACGUUCAAAUAAUGUAGUUAGUGCCUUAUUUAAUAAUUAUGUUUUAACGAUUGUAUGCAAUCUGUUACUUUGUUGACAUAAAACGCUUAUUAUGUUUGUAUUGUCCGACGUGCCCGCGAGUGCGCGUCGUGUGUGACGUAUGAUUGUGAUAUAAGUUAAUUAUUGUUUUUCUUUUGCUCAAAAUUAUUUUCUCCGUUUGAUGUGUACUUAUCGUUCGUGAAAUUUGUAAGACUGUAUUUAAUUUUGUUACGUAAAAUUGUUGAAUCCAGGUUAUAAAUAUAGUUAUUUUGAGACUA